CAAACAAAGAGUGAAAAUAGCAUCUUCAAAUAAUCAAUCAUGUUAUCUAGAGCUUACACAAAACCUAGUAAGAAAGCCAGCCCGAAAAACCCUGUUCCAAAUGGCGAUGAAGACGGUAGUUGUCGGUCAAUCUCCAUAUUGGAUUACGAGGAUUGUAUAUUCAGCUUCAUGGAUAUCGAUGUGCCAUUCGUCUUCUGCAAUAGAAUAUGUAAUGAAGUAAACGUGACAUUGAGAGAGGUGCUAAGGGCAUCGGUAGGGGUGAUUGGGGAGAGCCGAGUGGGAAUGACGGAGAAAGUGGUUAUGAAAAAGGGAAAAUGUUAUGGUGUUUAUGCGGUUAAGAGGUUUAAAAAGGUCAUCGUUAAGCAAAAAGAGUUCGGGAAGAGGGUCAUGCUUCUAGCACAAGUUAGCUUGGGUUGCAAGUAUUUGGUGCCACUUAGGGCUUAUUUGUACACCAAGAGGAUGAAGUUACUUGCUUGUGAUUAUUACCCCAUGGGAAGCCUAGAUGACUUGCUUAGUGGGGCAAGGAAACUUGGGCACACUUCCUUGGAUUGGAAUCAAAGGAUGACAAUUAUAUGCAGCAUUACAAAGGCCAUUCUUUUCAUCCAUUCAUUAUCUCCCUCCCAUGACAAUAAGUUCCAAAUGAAUGUUCAUGGAAAAAUUAAAUCAUCUAAUGUGAUGAUUAACACUGACUUCACAGCUUGUCUGUCUGACUACGGUUUUUCUCAGUUGGCCGAUCGAUUGGAAGUUGUGGAUAAUGGGAAGCACAAGUCCUCAUUGUCUCCAUCGUCAUCGUCGGUUCAUCCACAAAGUUUUUAUCUUGAUACCUUGAGCCAGACGAGUGAUAUAUACAAUUUCGGGGUAUUGUUAUUGGACUUAUUGGGAGGGGCUAAGGCUAUGGAGUGUAGGGAAAAUAUAAUAGAGGAGAGGAAAGAAAAGAUUGAGAAGGGGGAAUGGGAUUUCUUUGAGUUUGUUGUGGAAGGGAAAGAAAGAAGAAAGGCUUUGAGGGUUCUUGAUGUUGCAUUGUCAUGCACAAUUUCAUCCCAUCAAACUAGGCCUACCAUUCAGGAAAUAAUUAUCAAGUUAGAUGUUUUUGGUGCUUAA